AUGCCCACUCUCAAUUCCUCUAACACUGAGGUCACCACCUUCUUCCUGGUUGGAAUCCCAGGACUGGAGCACCUUCAUGUGUGGAUCUCUAUCCCCAUCUGCUUCAUGUGCCUGGUGGCCAUCCUUGGCAACUGCAUCAUCCUCUUUGUGAUCAGAACAGAACCCUCACUCCAUGCACCCAUGUACUAUUUCCUUUCCAUGUUGGCUACUGCUGACCUGGGCCUCUCUCUCUCAUCCCUUCCCACUAUGCUAAGGACCUUUGUUUUUAAUGCUACUGGAAUUUCCCCAAAUGUCUGCUUUGCUCAAGAAUUCUUGAUCCAUGGAUUCAUGGAUUUGGAGUCCUCAGUGCUUCUGAUAAUGUCUUUUGACCGCUUUUUGGCCAUACGCAACCCUCUGAGAUACAGCUCCAUCCUCACCAAUGCCAGAGUUGCUAAGCUGUGCCUGGUGUUUUUCACUAAAAGCAUGCUCUUAAUGCUUCCAUUUCCUUUAGCUCUCAAAAGUUUGACAUAUUGUAAGAAAAGCCUGCUUUCUCACUCAUAUUGUCUCCAUCAGGAUGUCAUGAACCUGGCUUGCUCUGACAACACACUUGACUUUUUCUACGGUUUUUUUGUUGCCCUCUGUAUGAUGUCAGACAGUGUGCUCGUUGCUGUGUCCUAUGUAUUCAUCCUGAAGACUGUGAUGGGAAUUGGAUCCCAUAAGGAACGACUCAAGGCCCUCAACACCUGUGUUUCGCACAUAUGUGCUGUGCUCAUCUUCUACGUGCCCAUCACUGUUUUGGCCUUUAUGCACCGCUUUGGCAAGCAUGAGUCCCCAAGUGCCACAAUCCUCAUUGCUGACAUUUUCUUGAUAGUGCCACCUCUGAUGAACCCCAUUGUAUACUGUGUAAAGACACAGCAAAUUCGUGAGAAAAUUCUGGGAAAAUUGGGUCUAAAAUAA